CCAUUGUUUCUCCUAAAUUGUUUUUCUUAGCUUUCAGACAUAGCGGUAAUUCAAAACAAAAGAGGAAUUAGCAUAGUGACCGGAAAUAACAGCUCCCCAUAAAACCCUGCGAAACAGCAAAAGUAGUCUGCUUAAACCCUUUUUGAAAGCUUCGACCACCAUGACUGCUUCAGCCAUUCUUUCGAGAUUAACCUCUCGUUCUCCGUCUCUGGUUCUCAAAUGCCAGAAAAACGCAUUAUCACCUUCGUUUUCUCCUCUCAAAUCCGCCUUCCCAUCUCAGGUUUCCAAUUCCUCAAGGCGCGUUCAUGGGAUUUCAAGAUUACCACUGGAGUUGAGCAGUCAGGGAUCGCUGAUGCCUUUACACAGCGCAAUCGCUUCAGCUCGCCUGAGAUCCAUUCUAUCGGUCGAUUCUCAGAGUUGGGGAUUGAUUCCUCAGGGCAUCUCAAUGCCUUUAUGACAUCAGAUCCUUAGUGACGAGCUUUCACUUGAGAGAUUUUCUGUUGGAUAAGGAUGUAGGUCGGAUUUUGACUUCUUUCUUUUAUGUGGAUUUGUAAUUUGUUCACUUGUGUUCCCUUGAUUGACUGAUCGUGAGAUGCCCAAAUUGAAAGCGAAUGCAAAAGGUUAAAUUUUUUCAAAAAUUUCUAAUCCUGGACGAGUUUGCCUAGCAGUUAGAGAUACAUUGUUGCUUCUUUGUUUUAUUGUCGUAGCUAUCCAUACUGGAGAUGUCUAGCAAUAUCUAUAUAGAUUAAGGAACAGAAUUCUGUACCCUAA